UAAAGGAGUUAAAGGAAAUAAAGUAGCUAAGGAAGCUAAAGGAGCUAAGGGAGCUAAAGGAGUUAAGGGAGCUAAAGGAGCUAAGGGAGCUAAGGGAGCUAAAGGAGUUAAGGGAGCUAAAGGAGCUAAGGGAGCUAAAGGAGCUAAGGGAGCUAAGAAAGCUAAGGGAGCUAAAGGAGCUAAGGGAAUAAAAGGAGUAAAAGCUCACAUAUAAUAUAGAAAAAAGUAAACCGGGAUAAAAUAAAUUUUUCGUGGACCUAUGUAAAAAUGAACUAAAUAGGUGUCGGUUCAGGUUUUUCAAAUAUGACUACUUUUGAGAUUAAUGUGAAAAAACUGAUUCGAAUGAUGUGAGCUUUGAGAUUUUUGGACGAUUCGGUAUUUAUAUCAUUCAAAUCAGUUUUUCAUAUUGCCUCUAAAAGAAUUAAUAUGUGAAGAAAUCGAAUAAAUAUUUAUGUAACUCAUUUUUACGACAAAUUACACAAGACAACGAUGUUGGCUCCAACCAUUAACGCAAAAUCUGCAUAGACGUUUGACUGCCAAAUUUAGAAAGAAUAAAGAGUGGGUUGGUGGUGCGAGUUAAACAAGAACUGCAGCUAAACUCACACCCACACCCACACCCACACCCACACCCACACCCACACCCACACCCACACCCUCUUUUACGUAAAAUAAUAAAAUUUAUAGAUAACGAGAAUACACUCUUAUCACGUUUUUUUUACGUUCUGC